UGGGUCCUCAACUGCACAAAACCAAAACAGUUUGCAAAUGCAAAACGAAUCGCUAAUAAAAAGUUGAUGUUAUUUACAUGUCUUUUGUGUAAUGGCUGUGAAUGAUGAUGAUGAGCUGGAAAGACGUGCAGUGGAGGAGCUGCUCAAAGAGGCCAACAGAGGCAGAGUACGUGCAGAGACUAUGGGUCCAGCCGGAUGGAUGAAGUGUCCUCUAGGAAGCACCAAUAAACGCUUUCUGUUGAACACCUUGCGCUUGUGUGCUGCCGAGCACCAGGCUGGGAGCCGGUCAGCCACACAGAGAGGAGCUGAAGACAGCUGGGAAGUGGGAGAUCGAGGGUCACGUCACUGCCCUGAGGACAGAGGACAUGGUUAUAGAAAAGACACCAAAUACAGAAGAGAGCGUGAGCGUUCUCAUUCCCAGUCUUCAAGGCCCCGUGAUUCAUCUGUGAGUGAAUUGGCAACCACAGACCAUGCUCCCCAUCACACCAACCAAGCAAAUAGAACUCGUUCCCGGUCACCCAUCAGGGAACGCCUUGCAACCAAAAGAUCUACUGACAGAACUCAAAAAUGAUGCCAAGAAAGAAAAUGUACUCUUUAAGGGCUGAUUUAUACUUCUGCUAAGAUGCAAGAAAAACAGGAGAGGAGUUUAAGUGAAAAAACAAAUGAGGUGACAUGCACAUCGCUAAAAUCUUCAUAUUGCUCUUCAUAUAUUGCUGAACAAAUCCAGAGUGUUUCAGUAACUCUAAUUCUUCACACUCACCUGUAAGUCACAAAACACAUAGAUGAUUUAGUAAUGCUCACAAAACCUGAUUAAAUGUUUUAAAAGAAAGACCCCCUCAUUUGUUAUCCAGUAAUGCAAAAUUCUUUACUGAAUGUACUGAAUGUUUACUGAAGCUGAAUGUCAGUUAGGGGAAAAUGUAGGUGCAAAUAUAUAUUAAUUAAUUGAAAUAUUUUUAAACAUACACAAUUAAGGCUUAUAUACUUUCCAGUUCUUUUGUUGUGUUUUUUUUCCCCCCCUCUGUUUUCCGGUUUGGUGCCGCUGCCCCCUAGUGCACACAGUCACCCUGUGGGCAAACCUGUUGGCAGAUGCAAACGUUUGCACAUUGACACCUGUGUAGAUUUCCAGAUGCAGAAGUACAAAUUAGCCAGAAGUCGUCGUCUGUCUGGAUUGCUGUUCGCUUGGUCAGGUGUAUCACCAGAUGCAGGGUUUUUUUAUUUUUUUAAUUCUACACUUAGCUUGUACCUUGAACUUGUCUUUACAUUUUUAAUGCCAUGUACUGCAUAGUUGAGCAAUAAAAACUCUCAUAAUAAGCGUA